GCGGCGCACGGGCGGCGCGAUGGCGGCGGCGGCGAUGGCCGCGUCCGAGGCCUGGCCGGAGCUGGAGCUGGCCGAGCGCGAGCGGCGGCGCGAGCUGCUGCUGACCGGGCCCGGGCUGGAGGAGCGGGUGAAGGCGGCGGGCGGGCGGCUCCCGCCGCGGCUCUUCACGCUGCCGCUGCUGCACUACCUGGAGGUGAGCGGCUGCGGCAGCCUGCGCGCGCCGGGGCCGGGCCUCGCGCAGGGCCUCCCGCAGCUGCACAGCCUGGUGCUGCGGCGCAACGCGCUGGGGCCCGGCCUGAGCCCCGAGCUGGGGCCGCUGCCCGCGCUGCGCGUGCUCGACCUGUCCGGCAACGCGCUGGAGACGCUGCCGCCCGGCGAGGGCCUGGGCCCCGCGGAGCCCCCCGGGCUGCCGCAGCUGCAGAGCCUCAACCUCAGCGGCAACCGCCUGCGCGAGCUGCCCGCCGACCUGGCGCGCUGCGCCCCUCGCCUGCAGAGCCUCAACCUCACCGGCAACCGCCUGGACGCCUUCCCCCCCGAGCUCUUCCGGCCGGGAGCUCUGCCCCUGCUCAGCGAGCUGGCGGCUGCCGACAACUGCCUGCGGGAGCUCAGCCCAGACAUCGCGCAUCUCGCUUCGCUCAAGACAUUGGACCUCUCCAACAACCAGCUGAUGGAGAUCCCUGCUGAGCUGGCAGACUGCCCCAAGCUCAAAGAGAUCAACUUUCGAGGGAACAGGCUUCGAGACAAGCGCCUGGAGAAGAUGGUGGGUGGCUGCCAGACCAAGUCCAUCCUAGAGUACCUUCGUGCUGGUGGCCGUGGCGGCCGGAGCAAGGGCCGGCAAGAGGCCUCUGAGAAGGAGGACAGAAAGAAGAGGCGAGAGCGGAAGCAGCGUCGGGAAAGCGGGGAGGGCGAGGAGGAGGUAGCAGACUCAGCCAGGCUGAUGCUCAAGGUCUUGCAUGUCUCUGAGAACCCCACGCCCCUGACAGUCAGGGUGAGCCCGGAGGUCAGGGAUGUGCGCCCAUACAUCGUCGGGGCCAUUGUGAGAGGCAUGGACCUGCAGCCAGGAAAUGCACUCCGUCGCUUUCUCAACUCCCAGACGAAGCUCCACGACGACCUCUGCGAAAAGAGGACAGCGGCGACCAUCGCGACCCAUGACCUCCAGGCUGUGCGUGGACCCCUGCUGUAUGCAGCCCGGCCACCCGAGGACCUCAAGAUUGUGCCUUUGGGACGGAGAGAGGCCAAGGCCAAGGAGCUAGUGCGGCAGCUGCAGCUGGAGGCCGAGGAACAGAGGAAGCAGAAGAAGAGGCAGAGCGUCUCAGGGCUGCACAGGUACCUUCACCUCCUGGACGGGAAGGAGAACUACCCCUGUCUUGUGGAUGCCGAGGGAGACGUGAUUUCUUUUCCUCCUAUAACAAACAGUGAGAAGACAAAGAUUAAGAAAACAACCUGCAACUUGUUCUUGGAAGUAACUAGUGCCACUAGCCUGCAGCUCUGUAAGGACAUCAUGGACAACCUCAUCCUGAGAAUGGCAGAACUGAGCAAAAGCACUUCAGAAAAUAAAGAGGAAGACGUGCUCUCGGGUACAGAAGCUGAUGCCAGCUGUGGGCUUUCUGAUCCCAACUUGAAUCUGAGCGCUGGGAAGGAUGGACAGUGCCCUCUGGUGGUGGAACAGGUCCGAGUGGUGGACCUGGAAGGGAGCUUGAAGGUGGUGUACCCAUCCAAGACCGACCUGAUCACCCUCCCUCCCCACGUGGCUGUGGUCCGCUGACAGGCCCGCCUGUGGCUCCUGUAGGUGUGGGUGUGCUGUAGAUAUCUGUGUAACUGGUUACUCUUUGCUCUGUUUCUCUGGGUGGUUUACGGUGUCUGCUUUUGUCCAGGUGACUGUGGUAAUGUGAGUUUGCGUCAUCAUCGUAGCUCCAAUGUGACUCUCCUGUCCUCAUGGAUCGCUCAGUAGCUGCUGGAACUGUUCUGAAUCAUGUGGCCUGUGGCCGUGCUGGGGAGAGUCGGGUUGAAAGCAGGCAUUCUAUUGAACAGUAUUUAUUUUUCUACAACAUGUUAAUAGCUUUUUUUUUUUUUUUAACAUCAGCUGUGCAAAGACAGUUGAGAACAUUAUGUUGUGAGUGUAAUCUUCGUAGAGCUUGUUUGAGGCACGGUGCUGCCGCCAUGCUCCCAGGGCAGCUCCUGCCGUCCACAGCUAUGCUUGGAACUGGAGUGCUGGUGGUACAUCUGUGCCUUGGCCACGGAAGUUAUCCGUGCCCGUGUAGUCCUGUGUAGUCAGACACGCCUGUGAGUGGGUAGGAUGGCUGCUUUGUGGACUGUGACAGUAGCUGAGGAAGCUGUGCUGCACACAUGGCCCUGCAAGCCCCAUGUCGGCAAGUCCCGCUGGCUGUGCACAUCCCGUCUCUGCUCAUGUGUCUCUGCGCAUGUGUACGUAUCUGUACCAGCACACAGCUGCCAUUCCUGGAGCCACAGUGCUUGGUCCUAAGGACCCAGCAGCUGCACAGAGGACUUGGUGGCCCCAUGCCUUACCACCUGGCUGAGAAGAGAACCAGACCCUCAGCCUUCCCACUUGACACCUUCUCGUUGGUGGUCUCCAACCUCAAAGGACCAUUUCUACCUUCUGUAAAAGAAUGACUGUUUGGGGUUGUUUGCGGCUUUCAUUCUAAGGCCAUGGGAGAGCCGUUAGCUGUCAGAACUAGUGAAGCUCCAGGCUCCUUGUGGCAGACCCUGGACAAAGCUGGGAGCUGUUCUCCAUGAGACAUGGCAACUCACAGGUCCCUUUGAGUGGCUGUGGCAAGAACUCAUCUACUAAGUGUUGAAGGUGGAGCUGCCCUCGCUCACCCUGUCUCCCCCCAGUUCCUGCUGUUCCCUCCAGCACAACCCAGGUGUGAGAUUCAUUGAGAUUUUUGAAACUGUUUUUACAGAUUCAAGCCGAACGCCUCUUUGUUCUAAUAAAACUAAUAAAAACCCUUGGUA